AUGCUUUCUACAACUUGCACUUAUAAGAGAGACUUGGGCUGUGAAAGUUUCAAUGAGGAAAAAUGCACUGUGUGUGCUGAUGGGUACAUGAAAGAUGUUGCCAACAACAGAUGUGUUGAAGGAGACGAGUAUUGUAUGGUCAAUGUUAAUGAUACUGAAAUGACUUGUGAUUCUUGCAAAAUUAUCACAAACAUCAACGACAAGUCAUGCAAGAACUGCGCCGAACAAAACAAGGGUUGUUUAGACGCCAAUCCCGAUUGUGGUACCUGCACCGGAUGUGCAGAUGGUUAUUAUUUGGAAUCAAACAAAUGUGUCAGAAUUCCAAAUUGUCUUAAGAGAGAUACAACCGACAACAAGAAGUGUGGGACAUGCAAUAAUGGGUAUUAUGUUGACGACAAUAAAAAUUGUGUACUUGGGACUCUUCCGCAUUGCAUUACUUACAUAGACAAGAACAGCUGCAAGACGUGUGAAACCCAUAUACUUUUUUGUGAAGCAGAUGCCACCAGCUGUGCAACAUGCGAAUAUAAAUAUUAUAAAGUCGAUGGCGAAUGUAAGAAGUGUGAAGUUGAAGGAUGCACCCAAUGUGUUGAAAAUGAAGUUUCUAAAUGUGAUGCUUGCAACAAUACAAAUGGUUAUAAACUGUCAGCUUCAACACAGAAAUGUUAUAAAUGCCUUGAUCAUUGCACUCAAUGUGAUGAGGCCGAUUCUGCGAGCAAGUGCACUGAUUGUGAUUAUGGGUAUGGACUCAACAACAACAAGUGUGAGAAAUGCGGGACUGGAUGUGCUUCAUGUAAUGAAAACAACUUGGAAGAAUGUAAAACAUGCAUUUUAAAACACAAAUUUAAUUCCACGGUUAAAAAGUGCUUCAAAUGUGGAGAGAACUGUGAAUCAUGUAAUUAUUUAGAUACAGAAACAUGUACUAAUUGUUAUCCUUCAUUUGCUUUGGAUGGUAAAGUUUGCAAAAAGUGUGACACCGGUUGCUCCUUGUGUGAUCCGAAUGAUUACAAAAAAUGCACACGAUGUGAUUUUGAUUAUGGUUCUGUAACUUCUGAUAAUAAUUGUGUCAAAUGUCAUCCAUCAUGUGAUAAAUGUUCCGAAGGCAAUUCUGAUACUAAAUGUACAAAAUGUUUAUAUGGAAAUUACAUUACUGUUGAGGGUAAAUGCUUGGCUUGCGAUGGUGAGUGUGAUUCAUUUAAUAACGAUACUGAUAACACACGAAAUUACUGCAAUCAAUGCAGUUCUGUAUGCAAAUAUACAAACAAAGGUGGUGAUGAUACGAAGUGCUACACAAUUGAUCAUUGUACAAAUUAUGACAAUGUAAGACCAGGCAAAUGCAUUGAUUGUGAGAGCGGUUAUUAUGUAGAUGGUCAAUACACAUGCCAAAAAUGUGAUGCUAAAUGUGAAGGUGGAUGUGUGAAGAGUGCGACUGAAUGCAUUACCUAUGAACCUAUUGCAUACUGCUUAAUCUAUAACAAAGACCACACUUGCAAGACGUGUAAUUAUGGAUAUAAAAAGGACGGAGACAAUUGCACGAAUGUUGAUAGUUGCCAAACUAGAAACGAUGCCGCGAAAUGCAUUGUCUGUGAAGAUUUGUUUACAAACAAUUAUUAUUUGGCUGAUGGAAAAGGACACUGUAAAGAUUAUGUCGAACCAACUGAAGAAAGUACUGCUGUUUCUUUUGCUAUUGUCGUGGCUAUUUUCGCUUUGGUGCUUGCUCUUUAA